AUGCCGAUCUCGAUGAUAAAGAAGUUUAGGCCUAGGGAUGAUCAAGACUGCAACCCAAAACAAAAGCUUGAAGCGUUCUGGAUCUCUGAGAAGGGAGGGGAAGAAGGCUACUACGAAGCGACGGUGGAGAUGCUUGGAGGGACAGUUGAACUUCUCAUCCAAAAAAUGCAGAAGGCAAGAGUAGCAGUGCCAAGGAUUCUCAACAACCUCCCUGAAGGUGGAGUUGGAGACUCCAUGCAGAAGAAGUGGCCCGUAAGAAGGCUUCACAGAACGGAGCUGCAGUGUCCCUUGGUCGUCGAGCUUCAAACAGCCGCGAUGGCUUUGAUCUUGCUUCUACAUCACACUCGGGUCAUCAAGCUUCGAACAUUCUCGAUGGGUCUGAUCUUGCUUCUACGUCCCACUUGGGUCGUCAUGCUUCGAACAGCCGCCAUGGGUCUGAUCUUGCUUCUGCGUCGUACUCGGCUAUACAGUUUUCAGGCAUUCUAA